AUGAACGAUCAUGAGGUUGAACAAACGGAACUGGUUCAAAGUACGACUUCACCCACAAAUGAUGAAAAAACAGGAGAGAGUUCGAAAGUUGAAGAAACUCAGUCUACAAAUUCAGCAGAGCAAUAUUCGGAAACGCAGGAAAGUUCAACGCCGGGUCUGUUAAUUACAAAUUUUUCAGCUUUGGGGACUAAAAAAAAACAAGAGGAGAGCAAGAACAUUGGUAAGUCAACAGGCAGCACUGCAAAGAGUGAAAACUUGCGGACCUCAAUACCACCACCAACAACAGCAGUUCCUCUUAUUCGAAUGGACCCCACGUGCGCCACCAAAAUACUGCCAAAUGAGCAAGCACUGUUCAACUCUGACGGAACUUUAAAUGAUCCUGAUGGGUACGGUUUAUGGGUUCAGUCAUGCGAACAGCAGUUUUUGCUGGGGAAAACUUUGGCAACCUGGCAAGAGAAUGUGAUGAAGUGUCGACAAAUCGGAAUGGAGCCUUUAUCCUUUGAAAGCGUGAAAAAACUCGAUUGUUUUGCAAAUUAUCUGAAUUCUGUCAAUAUUUCAAAAAACUUUUGGUCGUCCGCUUUCAAAGGAAAUACAACAAGCCAAAUUUCGUGGUGCGCGCAAAACGGUCCCAUUACCGUGGACAAGUCCAUUGCGAUGCCACAAAUCACGGACGACAGAAAAUGUGUUCAAUUCAAAGCAAGCAAUUCCCAAUUUUCGAGCAAUUUGUGUAACGAAUUAUCAUAUUUUGCUUGCCAGAGUCCACCGACCCCGGCACCUGCUUGCUCGGAACCUCUUUGUCCCAACAUAACAUGCGCAAAAAACCUAUCACUCUUCACAAGCGACGCCAAGGGACAAUAUUUGAGCAAGCCAACAUUACAUGGCACUUGGUACACCUACAACGGAAGACAAUUUCUCUUCAGCUUUCAAAGAAUCAACAAAACAUUUCAAGGCGCGAUUCAAGCGUGUUGCCAGUUGGGGAUGAAUCUGCUCAGUCUGGAGUACGACUACAAAUAUAAAUCAGUUAUUGCCGCAACUAAAGCGACCGCUUUCCAAGAUUUUUUCUGGACGUCGGGCUCGGACGCGGGUUGCGAAGGAAAUUACGGAUUCUGCAGCGCCAAGAGACUUUUGCGGAAAGAGGCCAUUUGGGCGGAUGGACAGCCAGACAAUGCAAACAAAAGCGAACAUGCCGUGGCUGUUUUUCUCAACGGAACUCACGCUUUUCGCUACGACUUUGACGAGAACUCCAAAUUUAGAUACAUUUGCGAGAUUGUGAAUGGAAUCAUGGUGGACAAUGAUGUGUUGGCUAUUUUGGAAAAAAAUGCCAAUGGAAAUCUGGACGAGUUGAAGAAAAAUAUGGACGUCAAAGACGAGUGCCAAAAAUCAACAUCGGGCAUGAUGGACGAGUGCGAUAAGGCGGCGCAAAUGAUUCAGUGCACAAAGGAAAAAGCUCCGGACGUUUUGAGCGGCGUCAUCUCGGCUAUCGACAAGUCAAUGCCUAUUGAAAAGGUGGAAUUUCCUCCAGCGGAAAUCUGUACUGAAAUUGUCCCUGGCGUAAUUAAUGUAACUUUGAAGCAGCUGUUUGAUUCAACUACAACGAACCAAACCAUCACUGGCGGCUAUCUUUUUAUUGCUUGUGGAAGGAAGUACUUGCUAUCCCAAAAGAAAAUGUCCCUCUCAGAAGGCUACACUUUUUGCAACACUUUUGGCCUUCAAUUGGUGACCAUUGACAACGUAGCGGAAGUUGCGUGCUUGAAAAAGGAAAUACGGGCCAUAGGUGCAAUAAAGUUCACGUGGCUCGCCGCGAGCAGGAGGGGCAAUGUGAACAACCCGCGCUGGUGUUUGUCCUCCCUGCCCUUCAGUCUGGACUCUUACGUUUCAGUGAUCGAGACGAACUUGACUUACAACUCGUACGCUCUAAAACUGCAGUCGUCAGUGUUAUUAACGUAUGAUGAAUCAAGCAUGGUUGAAUUUGCACUUUGCGAGUAGACAAGUGCGAAAUAAAGUAA